AUGAAGCUCCUUUCGGCGUCGUGUCUGUUUAUAAAUGCUCUUCUCGUCAUUUUACUCAUCUUUAUUGUGAUUGCACAAGCCGGGCGAGACUUUUAUAAAAUUCUUGGAGUCUCAAAAAGUGCCAAUAUCAAUCAGAUUAAGAAGGCCUACCGAAAGUUGGCCAAGGAGCUUCACCCGGACAAAAAUAAGGGUGAUGAGGAGGCGACGAGAAAGUUCCAAGACUUGGGAGCUGCCUACGAGGUGCUCUCCGAUGCCGAGAAGAGAAAAACAUAUGAUCGAUACGGAGAGGAGGGCCUGAAGGACUCUAUGGGAGGCGGCAGCGAUCCCUUCUCUAGCUUCUUUGGCGGCGACUUUAACUUUUUCGACUUUGGCGGCGGUGGCGGCCGACGUGAAGAGCGAGAGACGCCCAAGGGAGCCGACGUGGUGAUGGACCUCUUUGUCUCCCUCGAAGAACUCUACAGCGGCAACUUUGUGGAGCUAGUUCGCAAUAAGGUCGUCUACCGACCGGCUUCAGGGACGAGAAAGUGCAACUGCCGCCAGGAGAUGGUCACCCGCCAGCUGGGCCCCGGACGCUUCCAGAUGAUGCAGCAGCAGGUCUGCGAUGAGUGUCCAAAUGUGAAGCUGAGCAACGAGGAGAAGACGCUCGAGGUGGAGAUUGAGCCGGGCAUGGAGGACGGUCAGGAGCAGCGAUUUGUCGCCGAAGGUGAACCUCACGUUGACGGCGAGCCCGGCGACCUGCGACUUCGCAUUCGCACCAUGCCACACACCGUCUUUGAGCGACGUGGCGAUGACCUCUACACGAACGUCACCAUCUCACUGGUGGACGCACUGGUGGGCUUCCAGAUGAACAUCACCCACCUGGACGGCCACCAGGUGCACAUCAGCCGCGACAAGAUUACCUGGCCCGGGGCAAGGAUGCGCAAGACCGGCGAAGGCAUGCCAAACUACGAGAACAACAACCUCCACGGCAUUCUCUACAUUACCUUUGACGUGGAGUUUCCCAAGGGCGAGGCGCUGGACGAGGAGAAGCGCGCCCAGAUUAGGCAAAUCUUUGACCUGGAAGCGACCAAGGCGCUCGCCUACAACGGUCUUCGAGGCUACUGA